UUAAGUUAGAGCUCGGCUCCCAAUAGAGGCAGUGCUUUCGUAGACGGUCAGCAGAUUUGUAGCUGAACAUCACCAACAACAAUGGGAGAUUGGGGAUUUUUAUCGGAUCUGCUGAAAAAGGUGGAGUCCCAGUCCACGGUCAUCGGGAAGAUAUGGAUGAGCGUCCUCUUCCUCUUCAGGAUCAUGGUUUUGGGUGCUGGUGCUGAGAGUGUCUGGGGCGACGAGCAGUCGGGUUUCAUCUGCAACACUCAACAACCUGGUUGUGAGAACGUCUGCUACGACUGGACCUUCCCCAUCUCGCACAUCCGCUUCUGGGUCCUUCAGAUCAUAUUUGUGUCCACGCCAACUCUAGUCUACCUGGGCCAUGCUAUGCACAUCAUCCACAUGGAGAAAAAGCUGAGGGAUAAGCAGUUGAGCCAGCACAGCAGGAAGCUCAAAGUGUCCAUAGACAGCAACAAUAAAGAAAAGGUGAAGAUCAAGGGGAAACUCCUCGGGACCUACCUGACCCAGCUGGUCGUAAAGAUCAUCAUCGAGGCAGCCUUCAUCGUGGGUCAGUACUACCUGUACGGCUUCAUCAUGGUCCCAAUGUUCCCCUGCUCUAGAGAUCCUUGUCCCUUCACCGUGAAGUGCUACAUGUCCCGACCCACAGAGAAAACCAUCUUCAUCAUCUUCAUGCUGGUGAUGGCCUGCGUCUCUCUGCUGCUGAACGUCAUCGAGGUCUUCCACCUGCUCUGUAGCAAGGUCAGGUGUGGGUCCAGGCCUCGUUCUCACAACAUCACUUCGGCAGAAAACCCAGCCAGCCUCUCGGGUCCAAAAUGGCCGACUACAGAGGACACGCUCAAGCAGAAUAAGCUGAACAUGGAUAUGGAGAGCAGCAGUUUGGGUGGGAGUCUGGAUGGGGCCAAAGAGGAGAAGAAACUACUGAGCAAUCAUUAAAACGUCCAAACCAAGACUCUAAAACUCUUACAAUGUGGCGCACAAAUCAUGACUGAGCUUCAAGUUUAAGCUUGAUUGAAGCGAAGCCUUUGUCAGAAAAUUUGAUGUAUGCUGCCUCUUAUUAGGCCACUUUGUAAGAAUUUAACUUUGUACUUAUAAAUGAGAAAAUAAUGGAAACUGUGCAAUAUUGCUGAUGUAUUUAUGUUGCUCAUUUUCUAAUCUAUGAGUGUGCAGAUUUCUAUGUCAGGUUUAAAAAUGUUUUCUUUAAGUUAUUGCCACACUGGUUGUCAAAGACUUGAAAUUACAUGCAAAAAUGAAGAUUAUGAUUUUGUAAAGUCUACUGUGUUUUAAAUGCACUUUUGUAUGCUGUAUUGUUUGUAAUAAAUGAUUAAAAUUUG